AUGUCCGACGAACACGAUAGCCAUUCGAUCGGCUCUGCCAGCCACGUCCACCCCAUUGAGCGCUCCGACUCGUCUGUUUCCACAACUCCUUCUGACCAGAACGAGCCCAUCAUCCACCAGCCCAUUCCUACCCGCCCUCGCCUUCCGAGUCGAAAAAGCAGCGGCCCCUUGGUCGUCCCUCGCGACAGCUCAGCCGUCGGCCCUGUUGACUCGCACUUUGGACCAGACGACGUCCGAGCCAUGAGUCCUCGAAGGACCAACGAAGACCUCGACAAGCUGGGCAAGGAGGCGCGCGAGGAGUUGAGAAAGCACGCCAAGCUCUUGCAGGAGUCGCUCCUCACCAUCUUCAACCGUAUCGAGGCUGUGCGGGAAGAGCACGACAAGCUCGACAACAACAACAAGUUCCUCCAGAAGUACAUUGGCGAUUUGAUGAGCACCAGCAAGAUUACGGCCACGGGCAGCCGGGGCAAGAAAUAA